AUGUCAAAAAGUAGAAGAAAAAAUAGUGAUGCAGAAUAUAAAUUAUCGGAAAGUGAAACUGACUCUGAAGAAUACGAUACUGAUGAUAGUGAUAAAUCUACCGGUAAAAGUUCCGGAAGACCAAGCCCCGGUAGAAAAAAUAAAAAAACUGUAGUUGGAAGUAAAGGUGGAAGUGGAGCGAGCACCCCGAAAAGUGAGCGUAGCAAUAAUACCUCACAUAAAAAAUCUACAUCAGCAUCUCGAAGAACAGUUUCUAGGAAAAAACAACGUCGACAAAAUACCCUGGUUGCAAAACAAGCUGCUACUAAUACACCUACUACUUCUACACACAAAGUAGUUCCUAAAAUAGUGGUAAGAAAUCCAACAAAAAAAUUUGUGGUAAUUCCAAAGAAACAAACUUUUCAUGAUGGAUAUUUAGUACCUCCAAAAGUGAAGCGUAAGAAAUCGAAAUCACCAAAAUCCACUGCUGCAAAUAAAUCAUCAACAAAAGCUAAAAAAAACGACAAAGAAAAUAAAGAAAAUGAAGAAAAUGGUAAUAAAUUCUCCGAAGAUAUUGAGCUUUUAUCUAAAUUACCAUUACCAUCAGCUACAAUUCGUCAUCGAUUCAAUCAGAAUAUUAGCAUGAUAGGGUCAAUUAACAUCCAAUCAUUUGGUAAGAAAAAAGCGUCAAACCAUGUUCUUAUGCGUAUUAUCACCGAUAUACUACGACGUUACGAUAUUGUAUUGUGUCAAGAGAUUCAUGCUCCGGAAAAUGAUGUAUCAAUAAUUCAACAAUUAUGCGAUGAGGUCUCAACUCCGAAUUCUCCAUACUCGUAUGUGACUAGUCCUCCUAUUGGUAGAGGAAAAUAUCAAGAGCGUUAUGUUUAUUUGUAUCGACGAAACGAAUGGAAAGUAAUUGAUGAGUACGUGAUAGAAGAUGACGAGAAGUUGGGCGAUUUGUUUAUGCGGGAACCUUUUGUUGUUCAUUUUCAACAUUUACGUAAAGCUAAUAUAAAACUCAUAUUGGUUGGAUGUCAUACUCAACCAACCAAAGCAUUUGAAGAAGUUUCAGCAUUAGCUGAACAAGUUUAUGGAAUAGUAAGAAAUAAUGUAAUUAAAAAAUCACCCUCAUCAAAAAAUAUUAGAGAAUCCAAUACAAAACAACAAUCACGUGGUAUAACGGAUGAAGAGGACCAACCACAUGGAAUAUGGCAAAUCCUAAAAAAUAUAUUCUGUUGCUGUCUACCAAACUAUUCGCCUGUCUCCACAAGAGAAAUAACUUCACAAGAAAGAUCAUCAAGAUUUUCACUAUCAAAACCAUCCUACUCUAUAGCAGGAAAUUCUGAAAAAUCAACCGUCACCAAUGAUCCAAUUGUGAUGAUGGGUGAUUUUAAUGCGGCCGGAAGUUACGUGAAUAAAGCGAAACGUGCGGAAUUGGAUGCUAUUCUAAAAAAGAACGGGUUGGUAUGGGGAAUACAUAAUACCACUGAUACUACGGUCGCGGAUGGCGAAUUUACCGCGUACGAUCGAUUUGUAUUCGAGGAAGAAAAUGUGAGAAGAUGGAUCGGAAAUAGCGGUGUUUGGCGAUUUGAUGAUGGUUGGCUUAAUGGAAAAUAUGAUAAUGAGUUGGUGAAGAGAGCGGCGAAACAUUGUUGGUCGUAUCACGAGCCAAUCAACGAAAUAAAUUAUAACACGCCAAUAGCAGGUAUUACUACUAUAGUGGCCUAG